AUGUCUGCUAUUUCCACAGAGAGUAAAGAGUUAGAAUUAGUUGAAAGAGUUGAUCUGAAAUUAGCUUUGUCUGAUACACCAGAGAAAUUUGAACUAAAUUUAGAAGCAUUUCUAGCACCAUUGUUACUGAAAUUAGCAUCGCCCUAUCACACUGUUCGAACUAAUGUCCUAAAUUCAUUAAAAAAUGUUUUAUCCAGGUUAACUUCAUUAACAAACGUAAAAUUACCUGUUGAGAAAUUAAUUGAACAAGCUAAAACUGUUGAAAAUAGUUUGCCUAACUGUCAUGACACAGCUUUAUUAAACAAUGUUAAACUAUAUAGUCUGUUGUUGGCAAGUAGAGGUAUAGACAGAUUAAAAUCCCAAGAUGAGAAAAAAAAAUUAUUGCCUAUUAUCAUGAAUAAUAUAUCUAAAGCACCAUUUAAUGUUGCAGCUAGAUUGUUUCAUAUCUUAUGUAAAAUUUUGUUGACAUGGGAGCCACCUUUAAAAGGCACUCCUAAAGAACAGGAUCUUAUUCAGUUUUUACAUUUAAAUGAUGAAGAAGAUUUCCAUUUCUUGUUGGACCAUUUUACCAAAUUUUUUUUAUUGAUACCUGCUAAACCAGAUCCAACAACUAAUAUAAUUCCAAGAGGUUAUACAUGUCCAGGUCUUUCUUCAGAUGAUGUUUCAUUCUUCACAUAUUCUGCUGGUGUAUCUUUCAGUAAUGAACAAUAUUCAAAAUUUAAAAAUGGAAUAUUCAAAUUUGUUUGUCAUGGAUUUGUAUCUAAUGAUCAACUUUUAGUUAAAUUUCUAUCUGUUGUGAGCACUGAUAAAUCUGAUCUAUCCAAUAAAGCUACACAAUUUUUAAAAAAAUUGCAGAUACCUUAUGAAGAUGAAGAUUUUAUUAAUUAUUUGAUCAAUUUAUAUACGGGAGACAAUCUUAGGGGAAUUCCACCUGUUAGAAGCCAUUUACAGGAAAAAAUAUUGACAAUAUUAAAUAAUAGUAUCUAUGCAACUACUAAUUCUCAAAAAGUCUCUUUAAUCUGUUCUAUUGGCUUACAUUCUAAUGACUUUAAAUUAAAAGCACUAUGUCUAACAUUUAUUAGACAUGUAGCAAAAUAUAAUUAUACUAGUCUACUACCUCCUCCAAAAAGUUUGAAUGGUAAUUCUUUUUCUUCUUCCGAUUUUCAGACAAACAUAGCUGCAUUGAUUAGAAACAAUCUGCAUUCUGAAGGUUGGCCACAGUUACAGUUAGGCUCCUCUACAUCUGCUUUCAACGUUGCUUUACAACAGAGAAGGUUACAAUAUGAAACUUUAGGGGAUCUUUUAAAAAAAGAUUUUAAUUUGGUUAAGGAUUUAUCAUAUAUUGAAUUUUUGUUUGAUUCUUUAAAAGGUGAUUUAUCUGAAUUUAAUACUAGUAUCCAGGAGGCUUUAUUGGCAACUUUAGGCCAUUUAUCUAAUUUACCAGACGAAUCAAAAAUCAAAUUAAAAGAUAUCUUAAGAAACAAUCUAGCUAAUGAUAAUGACUUCCAAGAUCGAGAUGAUAAUAUUUCUGAAAAGGAUAAAAAUUCAAUUAAGGAUAAAAUUAUGUCAUUACGAUUUAUAUCAAUAAAAUUCACAAAUGCGUGUUUUGAAUUUGCUGAUCCAGAAGCUAGAUUAUUUAAUGUUUGGGGUACUUCUCGUAAUAAUAGAUUUGACAUCAUUGAAGAAGCAACUAAAGGGUUACAUCCUUACUGGUUUAGAGUAUAUCGUUCUUCUAUCUAUAGCACACCUCAUCGUAUUGUUCCUACUAAAGAAUUGUCCGGACUCACACUAGCAGAAACAAAGCUGCCUACCUUCCAAUCAUUUGUUACACUAUUAUUGGAAAACAUAAAAAUGGAUGAAGAAAAUCCAGAUGCUGUAAUUCGUUUAACUUUUGGUAAAGCAGUUUGGUUUGCUAAUCAGUGUCUUAUAUCAGAAGCUAUAUUUGGGAAAACAACAACAAUAGUACAGGACGAAAAUUGGUCACUUCGUAUUGAAAAGGCAUUAGAUAUUGAUGAAGUUGCAAUAUCAUUAACAACUGAAUAUUGUUCAAUUAUCACUGAUAGAUGGUAUAUUGAUUUCUUGGAAAGAACUUGUACAGAAUUUUUACAAUUUUCCAAAAAUACAGAUAUUUCUUUGAUGUCAACAUACAGAGAUAUAAUAUUUGGUGAAGUAACUUACUCGCUACUUCGUUAUUCAAACAAUAUGGUAUUGAUUAGCUUACAAAAUCAACUUCCAUAUCUGCUUAGAUAUUUGGAAGGAAUGAAUGUGACAAAUGAAAAUGACCUAGAAUUAUGUGGAAAAAUACUUGGUAUAAUAUCAUCAACUAUUGAAUCUGAUUCCACUGUUUUAUCAACACUUUUAGAUGCAUUACAUACAGAAGAUGUUUCGACUAUCUCCUUGCCAACACUAUAUGCCUGCAGUUACGUAUUAUCAAGGAUGUCUUUGUUAGAUAAUGUAGAUUCAAUCUCUACGACUCAUUUAGAAUCUCUUGUUGAUGGUAUUUUAUCACACAUGUCAGAUACUAAACUCAAAAGAAUUGUAUUCAAAAUGUUUAAUGAAAUUUUGAAAUUUGGUUUGUUUUCACGAUUAUCUGUAGAGAAAAGAAAAUCAAUAAUAACCUCACUGAUGGAUCUUUAUAAGGAUAAAAUGACUAAUGAUGAAUUAAUAGUUGAAUUUUGGGGUUAUUUAUCACUCUAUUGUCAUGAAUUUGAGCUAAUUAAUGAUUUUUAUUCAGCAAUUAUGAAUUUACAUGUUUCCAGACAAGUUGAAUAUUUGUUCACUGCAGGUGAGGCUCUUUCUGUUGUUGCUGGAGGUUGGUAUAGUACUUUUUUGAUAAAUCAAAUUGAUAUACUGGCUGUUUCUAGAAAAGGCUUACAGAAAAAACUUGGGGACGAGAACUUGAAUUUUGUUCUUACUAAAAUACUAGAUACCUGUAAUUCAACAAAACCAUCUUUGAGACGAGCUGCAUGUAUCUGGCUGUUGUCAUUAACAGAAUAUUUAGGAAGCGAUGCUGCUUUUCAAAAUUUUGUUAAAGAUGUACACUUUAAAUUUAUGGGGUUCUUAGCAGCUAAUGAUGAGUUCGUUCAAGACUCUGCUGCAAGGGGUCUUUCAUUAAUUUACAACUUGGGAAAUGAGGAUUUGAAAGAAGAGAUGGUAAAGGGUCUAUUAAAGGCAUUUACAUCUACAAAUGAGACAUUAACUGCUGGAAAUAUAUCUGGUGAGACACAACUAUUUGAACCUGGUACUUUGAAUACAAAUGAUGGAUCUAUUAGUACAUAUAAGGAUAUUAUGAAUUUUGCUACUGAGGUUGGUGAUCCAUCUUUGGUUUACAAAUUUAUAACAAUAGCCAAGAGUUCAUCGCUAUGGACUUCAAGAAAAGGUGUGGCUUUUGGAUUAAGUGCUAUCAUUUCAAAGUCCUCCUUAGAAAAACUAUUAUUAGAAAAUAAAGCUACUGCAAGAAAAUUAAUUCCAGUAUUAUAUCGUUACAGAUAUGAUCCAUACUCUGCAGUUGCCCGUGCAAUGAAUGAAAUAUGGAAUUCUUUAGUAUCUGACUCAUCUAGUAUAAUAUCUAUAUAUUUUGAAGAUAUUCUAAAAGAGACAUUAGAUGGUAUUGGUAACAAGGAAUGGAGAGUACGUGAAGGUAGUGUUAUAGCCUUGACUCAACUUCUUCAAUCUCAGCCAUUGGAAAAGUUUUCUGGAAAAAUUUUAGAUUUGUGGACUAUGGGUUUUCGUAGUAUGGAUGAUAUAAAGGAGAGUGUGCGUGAAGUUGGUGCAAAAUUUAUGAAACUUUUAGCAAAGUUGCUUGCUCAAUCCAUAGAUAUUUCCAAAGGUGUAAGCAAGGAAAGACGGAUAGAAAUAUUGAAAAUAAUAUUACCCUUUUUAUUAGGGAAGAAAGGCCUUGAAAGUGAUGUAGAGGAUGUAAGGAGGUUUUCCAUAUCAACCUUGCUGGAUUUGGUCAAGAAUACAGGAGAUUCAUUGCAAUUAUUUGUUCCACAAUUAAUCUAUAAAUUUUCACUUUUAUUUUCUGUGAUUGAACCGCAAGUUAUAAACUAUCUUGCUUUGAAUUCUGAAAAUUAUAAUUUGGAUAGUAAUGUUAUCGAUUCGCAAAGAAAAUCAGCAGUUACAGCAUCACCUAUUUUUGAAGCCAUUGAAAAAUUAAUUUAUAUGUGUGAUGACUCUCAGGUUGAGUUGGUCAUAAACUAUGCAUCUAAAUCAGUGAAAAAAUCUGUGGGUUUACCGUCAAAAAUUGCUGCAUCAUAUAUUAUUAUUUUAUUGGUCAAAAGAUAUGGUACUGGCAUUCAACCUUACACCGGAAAUCUAUUAAAGACUUGUGUAAACAUGUUUGAAGAUAGAAAUGAAGUUGUAAAUUUGUCAUAUGCGCAAGCAUUUGGAUAUUUGAAUAAAGUAAGUUUGCUGGAGAAAUCUUUGAAAUACUCAAGGAAAUUGAACGAGAAAUAUUUUAACCCAUCAAGGGAUAACAGUAAAAAGGUUGUGGGAUGUGCUAUAGAGUCUAUUAUAAAAUAUGCUCCUGCUAAAUUUGAGUCAAUUGCUUCCUCACUUAUGCCUUUAAUAUUUGUAGCUUCUAAUGAUGCUGAUGAAGCAAAUGCAAAACUUUAUGGGGAUAUAUGGACAGAAGCUUCUACUACUGGUUCAGGAACAGUUAAAUUAUAUCUGAAAGAAAUAUUGGAAAUUUUGGCAGCAAAUAUUAAGUCUACUGAUUUUAACAUGAGAAGAAUGUGUGGAAAAUCGAUUUCUGUUGUCUGUGCUAAUGUGGAUAACACAAUUGAUUCCAAAUAUAUUAAGGAGUUAUUAGAGAUAACCAUGGAUUCGUUGUAUGGUAGAGCAUGGGAUGGAAAGGAAAUAUUAUUUGAAUCUUUUGUUGAUGCUUGCGUAAAAUUUAAAAAUUAUAUUCUAAAUGAUAAUUCCAUAGAAAAAUUAGUUAGAACGGCCCUUAGUACAGAAAUUUCCCGUAAUAAUAUGGACUAUGUAAAAAAGAUUAUUACUAGUUAUGGUAAAUAUCUAGAGAACUUUGAUGAUCUUAAGGAUAAUGAAAACAUGAAGAUGUAUAUAUCUACUAUUGAUAAGAUAAUUGAAUCUUAUGAUAUAUUGUCUUCUAACACCAAGGAACCUGAAAAAUCAACCUCCAGUGAUGAUGGUGAGGGUGAAAAUACUGCUAUUACAAAUAAACGGAUAAAACCAAACUAUGAAGUAACUGAAAAAUCAUCAGAAAGAAAUAUAAAGAACGAGGAAUAUCUUAUUAGACUGAUCAAGUCUGUGGUGAGUGUUUAUGUGAAAACAUCUAGUAAUAGUGAAUUGUUUUUAAAAUUCAUACUAAAUCACUCAAUGAGUUUGUUGGAUAAUAGGUUUUUUGUUUAUACAUGGAGAAGUGAAGCUGCCAUUAAUGAUAUUGGGAUUAAAAUUUUAGAUAAAGAUGUUAAUUUAAGUGAAACUCUGCUCUUUGAUUAUUGGAAUUUUGUUUAUAUAAAAACAAGCAGUAAAGAAACUACUUUGAAUGUUAAAUUAAAGUUAAUUAAAUUUGGAUCCAUAAUGAUAAACAAAUAUCAAUCCCAGAAAUUGAUAGUCGAGAACCAAUUAAGAGAACUCAAUCAUACUGAUCCAACUUCACGUAUAAUAGUGGAGCUUAAAAAUAUCGGCUUAAACUAG